UUUAAGAAAAUGGGGGAAGGGUGUGUGAGCGUCCACUGCAGCCGUGCCUAUUCUUUCUCCUGACGUCCUUCCUUCUCCUAAGUGUCAUACGAUUUCGGGAUGUAGAUUUUUUAACUGAACUGUUCUUAUUAAGAUAUUUUUGGGGGUGGGGGACGGCUGUUUUUUAACAAAAUAGCUACCCCUUAUGGGGGUGCGUUUUGAAACGGAGAUGUUUGUUUAUCCCAAACCAGAGGCUAGCUUCGUUGUUGCUAUUGGCUAGGUAGCUAGCACAUGUUUUCCGUUUUUAAAUAUACCAAGCUAGAGAUAAGCCGCUGUUUUGUAUUUAUUUAUUUAUUUAUUUUACGGAAAACAAGGUGUAUACCGAUACAUAUUUCCUCAAUGUGUUUUUCUACGGGGAGAUUUAAUUUUUAGCAUAGCGUGAGCUGAGUCUCAGUCUUUCGUUCCCGUUAAUUCGUUUUUUAUUAUCUAGCAAGCUAUUUGUCGAUUUUUGCCUUUCAGCAAGCUGGCUGGUUUUUCAACGCAGGUUGAUAGCCAGACCGAUUGAGCGAUUGAAUCAAGGACAUUAAGUAUUUCGGCCAAUAUUAUUUCGGAUGGCUGCCUAGGUAGCUGGCUAUGUGAUAAACGGAGGCGAAAUUGGUCGUGCUUGUUUUUAUGCCAAAAUGAUGCACAGUAUUGACAUUCGCUUAUAUACAGUGGAUUCUGGCCAAACAUGAACGAAUCUUAGUCGACUGUUAGAACUUAUCUUGUUUUGUCGUUUGCUGCUGCUGUCGUAUUUUAUCACUGAAAAUGCGGAUCGUCUGAGGAUACCAGUCCCUGCUGCGACGAGCAGAGAGAGGAUUCGACUCUCCUACACGGAUUCGCCGGCGGGAUAAGGCAUUGAUUGCCUUGGAACACUGGCUCGGCUGCGGAGCGGCCAAUGUCGACUGUUAUUUUCAGUUGGAUAUAAUUCUGUAAAUAUAUAUAUAUAAACACAAAUCAUUUAUAGUUCUAAAAGUAGGGACACUCAGGGACAAUGUCUUCUCGCUCAGCACUACCGUCUGGGAAUGAACGGAACUCGGACCACCAUGCCUCUCUCACGGGCAGCCGCUCGGAGAAGGGCUCGGGCUGGUCCAGCCGCUCGCUCGGGGCCCGCUGCCGGAACUCCAUCGCCUCCUGCACCGACGAGCAGCCGCACAUCGGCAACUACCGGCUGCUCAAGACCAUCGGCAAGGGCAACUUCGCCAAGGUCAAGCUGGCACGCCACAUCCUGACGGGCAGGGAGGUUGCAAUAAAAAUAAUUGACAAAACUCAGCUGAAUCCAACCAGCCUACAGAAGCUAUUUCGAGAGGUACGGAUCAUGAAAGGCCUCAAUCACCCCAACAUAGUUCAGCUAUUUGAGGUGAUCGAGACGGACAAGACACUCUACCUGAUCAUGGAGUACGCCAGCGGAGGUGAGGUGUUCGACUACCUCGUGUCUCACGGGAGAAUGAAGGAGAAAGAAGCACGAGCCAAAUUCCGUCAGAUUGUGUCAGCCGUCCAUUACUGUCACCAGAAAAACAUUGUCCACAGGGACCUCAAGGCAGAGAACCUUCUGCUGGACGCCGACUCCAACAUCAAGAUCGCCGACUUCGGCUUCAGCAACGAGUUCACGCUGGGGAACAAGCUGGACACGUUCUGCGGGAGCCCCCCCUACGCCGCGCCCGAGCUCUUCCAGGGCAAGAAGUACGACGGGCCCGAGGUGGACAUCUGGAGCCUGGGCGUCAUCCUCUACACGCUGGUCAGCGGCUCGCUGCCCUUCGACGGGCAGAACCUGCAGGAGCUGCGCGAGCGGGUGCUCAGGGGGAAGUACCGCGUGCCCUUCUACAUGUCCACCGACUGCGAGGGCAUCCUGCGCCGCUUCCUGGUGCUCAACCCCACCAAGCGCUGCACCCUGGAGCAAAUCAUGAAAGACAAGUGGAUGAACGCCGGGUACGAGGGGGAGGAGCUGAAGCCCCACGUGGAGCCAGUGGAGGACUACAACGAUGCCAGCCGCAUCGAAGUGAUGGUGGGGAUGGGAUAUUCCCGUGAGGAGAUCAAAGACGCCCUGACCAAUCAGAAGUACAAUGAGGUCACAGCUACCUACCUGCUGCUGGGCCGUAAAAAUGAGCUGGAGGGCAGCGAAUCGCGGUCAGGCAGCAGCUUGUCCCUGGCGCGGGUGCGACCCAGCACCAUCACCAACGGCACCAGCAAGCACGCUUCCUCUGCUGCCGCCUCCUCCUCUGGCUCCGCCUCCUCGCACAGCAAGACUCAGCGGAGCGCCUCCACCUACCAUCGCCAGCGGCGGCACAGCGACUUCUGCGGGCCCUCCCUGCCCGUGGCGCAUCCCAAGCGCAGCCCGACCAGCACGGGCGACGGGGAGCUGAAGGAGGAGCGGCUGCCGUCCCGCAAGGCCAGCUGCAGCGUGGUGGGGAGCCGCAGCAUCCCCCCCUCCAGCCCCAUGGUCAGCAGCGCCAACAACCCCAACAAGUCUGAGAUCCCCGACCGCCGCAAAGAGAUUAACGCCACCACGAACAACAUCCCAGCAAGUGCCAUGACUCGCCGGAACACCUACGUGUGCACGGACCGAUCCAGCACUGACAGACACUCCCUACUGCAGAACGGCAAGGAGAACAGUUCCCUGUCCCAUCGGCUCCCCCCAGCCUCCCCCUCCACCCACAGCAUUGCGGGGGCGGGGGCGUCCGGCUCCUCCUCCGGGGAGCGGUCCCGGCUCACUCGCGGCUCCACCAUCCGCAGCACCUUCCACGGGGGCCAGCUCCGGGACCGCCGCCCACCCCCGCACGCGGCCCCGCCCACCUCCCCCACCCUGUCCCACGAUGCCAGCCCCCUGCCGCACGCUCGCACCCGGGCCACCUCCAACCUCUUCAGCAAGCUCACCUCCAAGCUCACACGCAGGGUCACAGACGAACCUGAGGGAGUCUGCAGAUCUCCGGUCUCAAGUCGCCAUCUACCUGGGCAUCAAAAAGCGUCAGAGCCCCGGACCCCCCGAUGCGGCUGGGAUGUGAGGGUGCGGAGCCCGCGGGACCCGGCGGAGGUGGUCCUGGCCCUGCGCGAGGCGGCCCAGGGCUGCGGCUGCCAGGUCCACCUGGCCGGCCCCUUCCUGCUGUCCUGCACCCACGGGGCUGCCGGCUCGCGCGUGGCCUUCGAGGCCCAGGUGUGCCAGCUGCCCAGCGGGCCCUCCGAGACCAGCGGCGUGCGUUUCAAGCGCCUGUGGGGGGCGCCGCUCGCCUUCCGGGACAUUGCCACCAAAGUCUCCAAGGAACUGGAACUCUGAGGGCGACAGGGGGUGGGGGCGGAGAGGCGGAGGGGAGAAGGACCGAGAGAGGGAGAGACACUGCCGCCGACCCCUCCCCCACCCCCGCUUCGACAUCACACAGACACACGGACACGGACGGGUCGCCAUCCACCCCCCCCACCACCCCUUACCAGAGACAUCACUAUUCCUGGGCAAAAGGAGUCCAACUGAUUUUAUUUUUAUUCCUGUUGAUGAUAUCGUUGUCGUCGUCAUAAUGAUUAUAAUUGUUGUCAUUCUUUUUUUUUUGAACAGCUGCUAUUUAAAAUGUUUUUGAUUUUUUUUGUUACGGGCAGGGGAUUCACCGUCUUUUGUUGUUUUUCUUUUCUUUUUUUAAAGUCUUUUUUUUGUUUUAAAUCCUAGUUUUUGAGAGAUGCAUACAUUGAAGUAUUUCAAAGCCGCUUGAAAACAUCUGGCCCGUCGAUGUCAUUCUAGACUACGGCCACCAGGGGGAGAUAUGCAGAAACGCAGAGAUGCGCAGAGGUGCAACCUCCAGAGAAACAGUUUUCUCUUCCCGGUAACCGGCUGCCAAUUUUAAGCCAAGAUUCCCUUCGUUGUUUUAUUUGUCUUUUUUUUCUCGGUGAGGGCAGGAACAAAGCCGUCUGACUUCACAGUGUACAAAGCUGGGUGCGUGAUGACUUGCUUUUCUGAGCCACUACAGGUUUUUUUUUUCUCCAUGUUUUCUCCAUGCACAUUUUAAGAUAGAGCGUAUGACCUGUUCAUAUAUUAGCACUUUGAACUAACCGUAACCCCUCUGAAAAUUGUACCCCCCUUCUAAAAUGGUACCGUUCCAUGUGUGUGUGUGCGUGUUUUUUUUUUUGUUGUUUUUUUUUUAAUGGAGACUUCUGCACAAGAAUUAAGAUGAAAUGACAGUGACCGUUUCCUCUCUCACUGCUCCUUUGUCCGCUGACAGAACAAUUCUGUGCCAAGCUGAGCCGCGCUGGAACUAACACUGGCCUGGCUGACCAGGGUAUCUCGCUUUUCCGUUGCUGUGUCCCAGGCUGUGACCGUUGCACAAAUUCGAACAGAAACGGUUGAUAAUUGCAAUUUCAGACGUGUGGGGGAAAAAAAUGGAGGAAGAGACACAGCCAAGAACGGAGUGUUCUUAAGCUUUCCUUUUACAAAUGUGUUUCCUAGUUAACCAGCUAACAUGAAAAAAAUAACUCCAGUAAGCUCUAUUUUGUAUUAAUCCUUGUUAGAGUGGUGCAAUUUAUAGGUAUACAGCUACACAUGCUUUCUGUCAUAAAUAUAGAGUCAGCAUAGCUAUCACUGGCUGUUGCUAUCACACAGCUAUUUUAAUGAGGAUAUGGCUAUUUGACUCUCAUGAGCACAGGAAUGAAGGCUUUGUUUUUAAAAAGAAAAAAGUACUCCCAACGUCGAAGGGCAAUUUGGACUCGUAAUUGUUUGAUUGCUGAGAUGCUAAGGAACAUUUCAUGAAAUUUCAGACGAGGCCUCCUGUAACGUUACCUCCCUCCUGACGAGUUUUGGCGCUGACUGUUGCAGCAUUUAUAUUUUGCGGGCCCUCACUCUUGGCGUGCUUCUGAGCAUGCAUGCAGCAGAUUAGAUGCAGAGCUAGGGCGGUUGGAUCUCGCUCAGCUUGACAAAAAAAACUACUUGUGAAAUGAAGUUGUGGUGUAAGACCAGGAGACCCGGUGUACACCAGGUGAAGCUGUACCUGAGCCCUGGCACACCAGGGGAGAACGGGCGCUAGGUGCACUCAGUUGGACUUCAUCCCGCUGUUUCUUUUCCUGUCAUUAAAAAUCUUCACGUCCGCCCACAGUUGGCUCAGGCGCUUCGUUGCGUCUUGGAGUCAUUGGCUAUCAGCAGAAAUUUAAAAAUGGAAACGGAAAAGGUUUUGAGAGUUUUACGGCGCAGAGGAUUUUGUUUUUUCGAGGGUUUUAACGUGCUUACUCUUUGAUGUAUUUCUCUGCUUUCUAGGUUGCCUUUCCAAAUGCUCCCACACUCUUCUCUCCUUUCAGCAGCACUGACCUCUGACCUCUGAUCAGUACUUGGUGUGACAUUAGAUCCGGUCUUACUGGUUAGACAGGAUCUGAUUGCUGAUUGGAGGAGAGAGGGAGGGAGUGGUUUGGAAAGUAAAUCUGUAAUGGCCUGGGAGAGCCCAUCAAGGCAUCUCAGUAAGAAGUGGAGCUUGAAGGAGGGCAGACUUCAGUUCCUUCCUCUGCAUGUGAAAUGGGACAACCGUGUUGGAAGUGCCAGUGGUUUGGCUGGUUCCAAAAUUUGCACAACUGUCUGGCUCCCUGAAGACACGUUGGGAGAGAUCUCUCACAGCCCCCUCCUGGAGGACCACAGUGUCCCUUAGGGUUCUGAUCCACAUCACAGCCCCCCCCCCAUCUGAAAUCUGAGUGCUUUAGUGGCUUCAUGGUUUAUGGAGUAAGAGUCUGCUCUUCGGGACCCUUCAUUGCUGUGCUAUUGGGAAACACACAUGCUAGAACUGGUGCUCAUACAUGUCUGCCAGAUGGCCUGGUGAUGUACUCCAGAUGUGUUUCAGCUUGGUCAGGCCCGGCCACAGCAGUAGUGCGCUUCUCUGCGAAAGAUUCAGCCUGGGGAAUCGCUGGUUCGAAUCCGGGCUGCGCUUCAACCCGACGGUUGGUCAAGACUUUGGCAGGUGUGGGUGGGCGGAGCCUAUUUGACCUCUCGUCUCCUGGGACCUCGACUCUGCCAACUUGCCCGCAGCCUGUUCGGGAACCCGCCUUGCAGUUUCACCUGGCGGCUUGACCCCGGAGGGAUGCGUGGGACAUUUUAACUUCCAGUCAAGAGAGCGGGAUGGUUUCUCUUUGCUUUGCUUGCUCUGUCUGGUCUCGUGUUAGCCGUCCCUCAGGCGUGUCCACCUGCGGCUGUUUGCCUCCAGACCAGAGAGGGCGCCAUUGUAAACAGAUCUGUCAAAAGCCUGCAAAUGAGGGUGGUUUAGUCUUUCCGGUGGUUUUCCUGUUUUCCAUACCUUUCCAUUAGGCUGUUUACAUGCGAUUUGUGACGCUUCUCCUACUCUCUUCAUUCCAUGUUGUGUAAUUUCAUGUUGUUUUUCAGAUAGAUUUUCUCCACUCCGGGACAAAUGAAUCCCAAGACCUCUGACAUGCGCACACAAAUCCUCCCCCCUCAAAUGGCAUUAACCCCUUUUUCAUCUUCUCAUGGUUCUCAUACAAAAACAGUAUUGCACACUGGAACUCCUGUAUAAUACAAAAUCCCAUUGGUGGUGGUGUGGCUUACAACAGGUGUAUCCAGGACACUAACUUGUACGUGAAUCUGCCUCAUCCAGAGGAAUCGUGGGAUAUGAUAAACGCAGGCCUCUGAGUCGGUAAAUGUCUUAAAUGUGAAAGCUGUGAUUUUUGGACACUUCCUUGGAUAAAAGAUUUUCAUAAAAAUAAUAGUACCUUAAAAGAGGGGCCUGUCUUCUGCUCAUCACUUAGAUAUUGUUAGAUCUUAGGGACAUGUCUAAAGAGUAGGAAGCAGUAGGUUUAAAACAAUUGUUACUACAGAGGGGGUGCCAUAACAACCUAUUGCUGACUCACAGUCGGUUUUAACUUAAAAAAUAAAAUGACCUUUUCUCACACUGUUGAUUGGUCAGUUCAUUGAUUGCGAGCGCUAUUGCUGUUCAGAUAUGAUUCCAAAAAUCACAAUUCCAUGCAAGAAGUCGUUUUGGUCAGUGCUAGAUCACCAUUAGCCACUGUGCGAUUCAGCACGAGCAUAUUAGCAGCAGUUAAGUUCAGUGGACCGGGAGAGGUCUAGGGUCCCUCUUUGGUAUUUGGAGGUGGAGUUAGGACAGGAUUUUAAGGAAGUGUCCAGCAGGAACCUUUCUUGUGAUAAAAGAGAGAGCAUAUUCCUGGGGAUUUUGUGUCUGGUGUCAAUAUUGGGACAACUGACAGCAAGACCUGGCUUAUAGUAAGAUUUAAAAACAAGCAUUUUAAUGGGGUGUGACUUGAAGGGGGGUGUGAAACGGAAGCCUUUAAAACCAGAGAUGUAUCCAUUUAAGAAGCCAGUCACCAGUCUGUGAAAGAGAGCUGCAGUAUUCUUGUCUUGUUCAUGGGGAAUAAUGGAAACAGGUCCAGGCCAUGUUCCAACCUUAAAUUUGACGGUAACAAUGGAAGGUGAAAAAAUGGCAGAACUGGACCGCCGCAGGUUUACAGAAAUGCUUUAGUGCGGUCCCCUAUGGGAAAAGUGCCAACCAGUGAAGUUUACUGCUUUGUAGUCAUUGCUGUGUACCAAGUGCUAGUUGCAACCCCCGUUUUGAAUCGCUUCCUUGUCCAGAGUUGAAAAUGUUAAAUCAAGAAAAGGACCGACUUUGCAUCCUUCACUCGACGCUGUCUUUGAGCAUUUCGUCUACCCUACCGUGCUGUUCGGCUGCAGGUGUGCGUGGCUCGGCACUGUUAAUUUGGUCAGCGAAUCACCGCACUUUCACACCUUUCUAGCUGAUGUGACACUGGCCGAUGUGAUUCAACGCUGAUGUGACGCCAGGAACUCUUGAGGCAUCUGUUAAAAAUGGAUCGGAUGAAGUCGUCCCCUCCCAGAAAAGCAAACGGUCCUUCCUGACUACUGAGCAGCAGUCAUGCUUCACCCACGAGUUGAGUGAGCGGACUCCCCAGCACACAGCAAAGGACCCUGAUGCCUUUUUGAACACGGAAGUUUCUAGCAUAAGCAAAGCACUGUGCCCUGUGCUUGAGUGCGCGCUGUUUGUCCCUCUGCAGCAUCUGUACAGGCCACACAGAGGAACACCCCAAACCCAUCGCACGCGCACUCAGAACACACACCAACGCACACACACACUCAGACACAUAUACCUUACUCUCCCUGUAAAAAUCCAGCAGAGUGCUUGUAUUUGUAUCAUUGUGUAGAAAAACAAAGAUGAGAAAAGAAAAUAUGGGUCAAUUUCUUUUUUUUUCUUUUCAAUUUUUAAAUUAUUAUUCUGGUGCCGGCUGUGGUGCCUUUAGAUGUAAAGAAAAAAUGGGAACUACAGAAAAAAAGUUCAGAAAUAAAAAUUCACUGAUAUUGGA